AUGGAUGGUCCACAUAUCGGGACUUCUGCAGAAAAUUUUUUCCAGAGUGAUCAUGACCUCUCCGUUCAGAAACGUCGGGCAGCUAAACAAAACAAUAAAUCUGGUGAUCCAAUCGUUUGCACAUCCAAAGUUCUAUGCAUGCUGCUUCCUGAUGAACCUAAUCAUAUUUAUAUUGGAGAGUCUGGAUUCAUCGCAAGAAAGAAGAAUUUGUUGACUGGUAAGACCGUAGGGACAUUCAGCGGACACAAUGGUCCAGUCACUUGCCUUGCCUUGUGGUAUAAGGACGGAGCGGCUUAUCUCAUUACCGGAUCUUGGGACAAAACACUCAGAAAGUUUGAUGUUGAGAGCAAAGAAUCCCUUGUUACUUUUACCUAUCACACAGAUUUCGUAAAGUCCCUGGUUGUUUCACACACACGAUCUAGGCUUUACUCUGGCUCCUCGGAUCAGGAUAUCCGUUCAUGGGAUCUUCUCACCGAUAAACCGUUGCAAGUGUUCAAGGGUCACAAAAGGGGCAUCGAGGACCUCGCCUUUGACGAAGGAGAAAAUUUUUUAUAUUCUGCAUCCUCGGACAGAUUGGUGAUGAAAUGGAAUCCUCUAACUGCAGAGUGUUUGCAAGUAUUCGAAGGACACCUCACCAGCAUAUAUUCUUUAAAGGUUUUUGAUGAGGAGAUGUGGACAGCCUCGGCUGACAUGACGGUCAAAAGAUGGGACCUGAUAACUGGAAAACCGGAUACGAGUUUUGAUCAUCCAGAUUUUGUUAAAUGCAUUGCAUUUUUCGGAUCAUAUGUUAUCACGGGUUCUCGUGAUGAGAUGAUUCGAAUUUUUGAUAUUGGGAGUGGGAAGUUAAUCUGUGAGAUUGAAGGUCACUUUGACGAGGUUUCUUGCAUGGCGAUUAGAGGAACUACAUUGUAUACCGGUUCAUUGGACUGUACCAUAAGAAAGUGGUUACUCGUUGACAUCAUUAACCCAAAAAAAGAUGAGGAAGUUGGAAGUCAAGUAAAAACUGAGGUGUCUGUUUCUCAAAAGGAGGUAAUGCUCACUGAAGAGGAGGAGAAAGAACUUGCAGAAUUAUUGGGAAGUGAUGAUGAAUAG